AGUGACAUAGCCCAGGCGGCCGAGCCUUGAGUCACCAUGGCGGGGUCCGGGCCGCCUGCGUCCGAGUUCAGCCUGUCGGCGCUGCCCGACCCCGGGGACCGCUUCAUCCUGGGUGACGUCAUCGGCAAGGGUCUGUCCGGGACCGUGUACGAAGCGCAGGACACGGAAGCAGGCAACAUGAAGGUGGCGGUCAAGAUCCUGCAGGUGGACGAGGACAAGCUGGACGACGCGCGCGAGGAGUACCACGUGCUGCGCGACCUGAGCGACCACCCGCACUUGCCCGACUUCUACGGCGCGUUCGCGCGGCGGGCGGACGACGGCGACCAGGUGUGGUUCGCCAUGGAGCUGUGCGCCCACGGCCCCGUCACGGACCUGGUGCGCGGGCUGCUGGACCAGAACAAGAAGAUGAUCGAGGACCACAUCGCGUACAUCAUCAAGUGCGCCAUCAAGGCCCUGGUGCACCUCCACGAGCACCACGUCAUGCACCGGGACGUGCGCGGCAGCAACAUACUCCUCAACGCCAACGGCGAAGUCAAGCUGGUGGACUACGGCCUGUCAAGAGAGCUGGACAGUACGAUGGGACGCCGGUCGUCCUGCCUUGGGUCCCCAGCCUGGCUCGCCCCCGAGGUGGUGUCGUGCUCCAACACGCACAAGGAGGACAGUGACGGCUACGACAACAAGUGCGACGUUUGGUCUAUCGGCAUGACCGCCAUCGAGCUGGGCGACGGCAAGGCCCCGCUCCAGGACAUGCACCCGACCCGGGCCUUGUUCCAGAUCCUGCGAAACCCUCCGCCCAACCUGUACCGCCCCGCCAACUGGACGCAGCUUUACAAUGACUUCAUCGCCGAGUGCCUGGAGAAGAACCCCGAGAACAGACCUUUUAUGGCGGAAUUAAUGGAGCACCCCUUCAUCACGGCACUGCCCGACAGCGACGACCACUUCCAGACCGAGUUGAAGAUGAUCGCCCAGUCCGUGUCUCCGACCAUGCGGGACAGGCGGUUCGACGAGGUGCUCGUUCGAGACGGCUUCAUAAGGAAAGACCAGACGGACGCCGUGGACCCCAUGGUGGUGGAGGACCUGGCCGCCAUGGAGGUGCUGUCGGACGAGACUAUCACGCGCGAGCUGGAGGAGCGCUACCGGAAGGGCUUCUACCACACGUUCGUCGGCGACGUGCUGGUCGUGCUGAACCCCAACAUGGAGGUGCCCAACAUGUACGGCAAGCAGCGGCAGUGCAAGUACCAGUUCAAGUCGCGGUCCGACAACCAGCCGCACGUGUACGCCGUGGCGGACUCGGCGUACCAGGACGUGUUCCACAACGAGGAGCCGCAGCGCAUCAUCCUGGCCGGCGAGACCAUGUCGGGCAAGACGACCAACUUCAAGCACAUGCUGUCCCACCUGCUGUUCCUCGGCAAGAGCGGCAACGGCGCCUCGGAGCGCGUGGAGAAGGCGGUGAGCGUGGUGCAGGCGCUGGGCAACGCGGCCACGCCCCUCAACCCCAGCUCGACGCGACACGUGCACCACCUGGAGGUGACGUUCACGGCCACGGGCAAGGCCAGCGGCGCCAUCAUCUGGCUGUACCAGCUGGAGAAGUGGCGCGUCACCACCGAGUGCCAGAAGGGCAACGCCAACUUCCACGUGUUCUACUACUUCUACGACGCCAUGGCCGCCUCCAGUUCACUGGACCGCUACCACCUGGAGCCCGGUCGCGGUUAUCGCUAUCUGCGAGCCAGUGGCGAGACGUGCAGCGACAAGGACCCCCGCAACACGCCGGACAACAACGUGGCGCGCUACGAGAAGCUGCGCCAGUUCCUGAUUGACCUGGACUUCGACGAGGAGCAGCGGGAGACGCUGUGGAGGACGCUCGCCGCCAUCCUCAUCCUGGGCGAAGUCACCUUCGUCGAAAACGAGGACAACUUCGCCGACGUGGAGAACACGGACGUGGCCAACAAAGUGGCCGACCUGCUCUGCGUGGAGGACAAGAAGUUCGUGUGGGCGCUGACCAACUACUGCGUGAUCCACAAGGGCACGGCCGAGCGCCGGCGCCACACGCGCGAGGAGGCGGUGCAGGCACGCGACGUGAUGGCGCGCGCGCUCUACUCGCGCCUCGUGGACUGGAUGGUCAACACCAUCAACUUCAAGCUGUCGUACAACAGGGCCAUCUUUGGCGACAAGCACGUGGUGAGUAUCACGGACAUGUUCGGCUUCGAGUGCCACCAGCAGAAGAAUACCCUGGAGACCCUCUUCAUCAACACCCUCAACGAGCAGAUGACCUACCACUACGGCCAGCGGUCGUUCGCCUGGGAAAUGCAAGAGCAAGAGGAGGAGGAGAUCCCGCUGCAGCCGCUGCAGUACUACAACAACAAGGGCACGGUGGACGAGCUGAUGCUCAAGCCGGACGGCCUGCUGUACCUGCUGGACGACGCGAGCCGCAACGGCCACGGCCCGGACUUCAUCCUCGAGUCGCUCCGCAACGAGCCGCGCGGGCCGCGCAUCAUGGCGGGCGACUCGAACUUCGUGGUGGCGCACUACACGGGCAAGGUGACGUACGACGUGCGCGCCAUGUCGGCCAAGAACAGGGACUUCCUGCCGCCCGAAAUGAUCGAGACGCUGCGCCAGUCCAACGACGUCAACAUCAAGCACAUGUUCACCGGGCAGCUGUCCAAGUCCGGCAACCUGACGGCGCCGUCGCCGCCCGCCGGCGUCAGCAGGCCCGCCAAGGAGGGCCCCAAGAAGACGCGCUGGGGCGCGGCGCUCAUUGCGGAGACGGGCAAGUGCAGGCACUACAACACCGAGUCCCGCGGCCAGUACUCGCAGACGCGCCGCAUGCGCACCGCCGCCGCCACCUUCCGCGGGGCCUGCUUGGAGGUGCUGCGGGCACUGGCCUUCGGCCCGGGCUGCGGGGGCACGCACUUCGUCAGGUGCGUCCGCACGGACAUGACGAACCAGCCCAGGGCGUUCCAGCCUGACUUGGUGCGCCACCAGCUCCGCGCCCUGGCCGUCUUGGACACGGCCCGCGCGCGCCAGAAGGGCUACUCCACGAGAGUGCCCUUCGAGGAGUUCCUCCGGAGGUACAAGUUCCUGGCGUUCGACUUUGACGAGAACGUGGACAUCACCAAGGACAACUGCCGCCUGCUGCUGAUCCGCCUCAAGAUGGAGGGCUGGGUGCUGGGCAAGACCAAGGUGUUCCUCAAGUACUACCACGAGGAGUACCUCUCCAGGCUGUACGAGCAGCAGGUGAAGAAGAUCAUCAAGGUGCAGUGCAUGAUGCGGGCCUUCCUCGCCAAGCGCAACAUGCAGACCAAGCUGAAGCGCAUGCAGAGCCAGGACUCCGUGACCAGCCGCAAGGGUGGCAAGGCCGCGGGCAAGGCGCCACCGAAGGGCAAGCAGGCACCCGGCAAGGCCACCAGCGAGCAGAACGAGGCGGCCACCGUCAUCCAGCGAAACUUCCGCGGCUACAAGGUGCGCAAGGAGUACGGACCACUCGUCAGUGCGGGUGGCAAGCUGGACGUGGAGACCGCCCACUUCAUCCGACACUACUGCCACAAGUGGAAGGCAAAGUCCAUGUACCAAGUCCUCCUCCUGUACAGAGCCAAGCGCUACCAGGACUUCGUUUACUUCGCACAGCAGGCCCACAUGUACAACCAGAGCGUGGUGUGGAACUUGCAAAGCAACCGGGAGCAGGUGGACGCCUCCAGUCUGGACUCCAGGGCUCCCAAGGACUUCCUGGAGGCGGCGGCCGACCAUAAGCCUAACGUGUUUAAGCUGCCCUUCCGCCUGCAGGACCCCUUACUGCUGGGGGUGUUUAGCAAAGUGGAUCCUCUCUCCGCGGACCGGCGCGCGUCUCUUCAGGAAGACGAGCCCUGGGACGCGCCCUUCAAGCCCAAGGGCACCAACAAAAACUCGACGCCAGUCAUCAUUGGUCCUUACGGCAAGAGGGAUCAAGAGGUGCAGACGUCGCUGGUGUCGCUCAGGGAUGCAGUGAGAGAUGACGACAGGCGCUCUUCGUACAGCAACGCGCGGAACGGACCAGCCGCUCCAGAAUUCAAGGCGCCGCCCUACACGUCGCGGCCGAACAACCAGAGCUACGCACACGACAACAACAACGUGAAUAAAGGAGGCGGCCGCGUGCGGGCGGGCGCCCCCGCCGUGGGCCCCCCUGGGGGCAGGCGGCCUUUCAACCCCGUGGCGGAGCUGGAGCUGCGCGGCCAGAAGACGCCCAGGCAGCAGGACGACUCGGACGACCCCCCCUUCAACUUCCAGGCCAUGCUGCGAAAGACGAACCACGGCCGCAACUCCCUGAAGCGCCACAGCUCCGGCGAGGACACGUUCGGCCCCACAGUGUACAGCUCGGGCAACCUCAGGCCUUCCCCGCCGUCGCCCACGCCGUCGGGGCGCCGCAGCCGAUCGCCGCGACCCGACUCGCCCACGCGACGGCCUCGGGACAUCCCCGCCAGGCGGCGGCCGGGGUCACUCGUGAGCACGGAGCUGGCGCCGGGCAUCGUGGUGCACGGCCACGUGGCGGACUUGUAG